AACAACAUGCGAGAUUGGAGAUUGCGGCGCAGCCACUACUACACCACCACCCGUCUACCACCACCCAUACGCGCAAUGAUCCCACGCAAGCUCCAAGGUAUAUAUAAAGUACCGCAGCACAGCAAUCCACUACUUGUAACACUGUUUACAUCUUGCUUCCCUGAUCAUCCGACUUAGGUACAAUGUCCACUCUCGCUACCCAAAAGGCAACGACGCAGACCGUGCUCGAUGCAUACAACGCAUGGGACAUGGAGAAGAUACUAGCUUUUCGAGCGCCAGAAUGUAAACAACAAGUCAUUCCUGCAUCCAUGGGGCGACCAAGUAUGAGCAAUGGCGAAUACCGCGAACGCCUAAAGCAAAUACUGCCAUGCUUCAGGAACUUCACUGUUACCGUUCACACAGCGGUGCAUGAUGCGGACGCGCACACAUGUAUCAUGCAUGCGACAAGUACGGCCGAUACUGACAUUGGACCAUACGCAAACGAAUACGCACUAAUUUUGCAUUUCACCGAGGAUGGGAAGAAGGUUACCAAAUUUCUGGAAUGCGUAGACUCGGCUUAUUCGAUAAAAUUCUUUGCGGCGCUGGCGGCGGCGGGACUUGGAACUUAGUGGGACUGCAGAAUGACGAUUCCAGACGUGGCUAGAUCAUUUGGAUAUGUAGCAUUCGCUGUGCUCUACUACAUUCAACCUCGGUCCAACCGCGGUUCAACCGAUUGUCACCUACCUUGUCCCUCCGAAACCAUGCUACCGCUUCUCGAAAUCACCUUCAGGCUUCCCCGGUGAAUGUGUUUGCACAUGAUUGUCAAAUUCUUUGCCCGAGAAUUUGCCCUCGCGAACUUUGUUCUGGUUCUUGUGUGCCGCGAUGCUGUGUUUGUUGACGCUAUCGCCAUGGCGGUCUUCAACGGGCUUGGGGACGUCGGAGGCGUAGGCGGAUUCGUGUUGGUGUCCCGGCCGAGUGGAUUUACUGUGAUCCGGGGGGCUGGGAGAAGUGGAGGAGGCUGGAGAGGGUGAGGAAGCCGGGGAGGAUGAGGAGCUGGUGGUG